AAAGGCUCGAAGUUGUUGGUAGUGUUGAGAUGAGUUUUGAUUUGGACGAAGCGAGAAAUUGUUAAACGGGGCUGUGAAACCCAAUCUACAAAGAUCUUGUCUUAGAAAAAACGAGAAUCUUACAGCUCAAUAGGGAGGGGAGUUGUGGGUAGUGAUAAAUAGCUCGUAGCGUACCUAAAAAAUUGUAGCUUAGUCGAGAAGAAGCAUUACGAUACGUAAAUGUAAUAUAUUUUUUCUAAAAAUAUAACGACGACUGCUGAUGAGACGCCGGAUCACGCGUCUUCGACAAUCUGUAGUAGGUGUGUAACAAUGGUGAAAUACGAUUAAUUUAUCGAAGCUUCUGUGUGACAAGAGAGGAUCGAAUCAAGGAUGCAAUACUCGAGCACACUCAUUCCACUUUAUUCAUCUGGUAGCUGGUGAUAAAUUGGCUUCAGAUUUUCUCAAAAGAUAUCACGAGUACACGCUCCCGAAGAUCGAAGAUCCUGAAACUAAUAGGGAAAAGAGGAAAGCUAACCGCCGCUUUGAUAGGAGAUGCAUUGAUGAACUUAACCUCGUUUUUGUCGGGCGAUAUUGCUGAGGAAUCGCCGACUGACGGAGUAACCUACCACGAGACCAACUCCAUCAUAAGUCAGCUGAGCUCCUUCAAUCUAUCGGGUGGUACUCACCUCGACUAUUUGACAUCCUGGGAGGAACAGCAGCAGAGAGAAACAGGAUCUUGCCAGGAUUCAAUUUUGGUAAGAGCCAUUGGAUCGAGAAGGUGUGCCGACGGCGGACUAGGCCAACGUCAAGGCCAAGGAGCAGGGGCAGGAGGGAUGCCUCGUACUAAACGGAGAGCGCCCUCCAGCACAAACCACCAUCACCACCAUCAUACGGCUGCCGAAAUGGCACCUAGUGCUCAUGAGGAAGGCAUGCCGAGGCAUCCUACAAAAAGACUUAGGCAUACAGGCGCCAGACGGUAUACAAAGACAGAAGAUGUAUCCAGCGCGUCAUCAUUUUCACAAAAAAGAUGCGUGGCAUGGUUUCGGGAAUAUACAACACCCGAUGAUCCGGACAUGCUUGGCCCUGAAGGUAUGGAGAAGUUUUGCGAGGACAUCGGUGUCGAGCCAGAAAAUGUUGUGAUGCUUGUUUUGGCAUACAAGAUGAACGCACGCCAGAUGGGAUUCUUUACACUCAACGAAUGGCUCAAAGGUCUAUCAGAGCUGCAAUGCGACUCGAUGGCCAAAGUACAACAGAAAUUAGAACACCUAAGAAAUCUGCUUAACGAGCCGCACACAUUCAAGGGGAUUUACAGAUACGCUUACGACUUUGCCAGAGAUAAAGACCAACGUAGUAUGGAUAUGGAAACGGCGAGAGUCAUGCUCCAACUACUUUUGGGAAAACAUUGGGCACUCUUUGCACAGUUUGCUCAGUUUUUAGACCAGUCCAAGUACAAAGUUAUCAACAAAGAUCAGUGGUGCAACAUUCUGGAAUUUUCACGCACCAUCAGCCACGAUCUUUCUAAUUAUGAUUUAGACGGCGCGUGGCCAGUCAUGCUCGACGAAUUCGUUGAAUGGUUAAAAGGUCAGAGAGGAGAAGGUGUUACGUCCAUAGAAACUCGCGGCAGCUGAAACACCCGAUUACAAUGACACCUCAGACAACAAAAACAAAAUACUCCCAUCUGCAAACUUGAAAUACCUAUUUCUUUCCUUUCCCCUCUGCCCUGCCCCCCACCUAUCGUCCCGCCCUCACGGUGUAUUGUAAAUUGAAAUGAAUUACGACACGAUAACAAUACGUUAUAAUUUGUUGAAUAAGAAGAGGUUUAAAUCAAUUGAUUCUUCACCGAUGUGUGAAUAUUAAAACUCUGGCGUCAGUGAUUUGGGUUGUUAUUAUUUGACGGAAACAGUAGUUCAUUUUGUUCGUUUCCAUCUCUAUUUGUCUUAUUUCUUUUCUUACCAUUUCUCAUCCGUUUGAACUUAGUUUAAUUACAGUCACUCAAAUUUAACUCCAUAGUACGUUUUAAUAUUCCAAAAUCUAGUUACAUACAUUACGCUCCUUAGGAUAUUAAUUAAUUAAUUGUAAUGAUUCUAAUUAAAAUUAUAAAUAAUUACUUAAAAAAAAUAGUUAGUAAAAUUAGACAAUUUUUUUUGAAAGUUAGAAUUUAAAAAAAAAAAAAAUCAUAGAAAGUUGUUACGUGCGAAUUUUUGUUUCUUUUUUUUGUGUCACAAAACUGUUUUCACAUAGCGCUAUUCAACGAUCGUCGAUAUAACUUCAUAUUUUUUGAUUACAAAGGCCUGAUCCGAGAUCAUGAUUCAGGAUUUGGUUCAGUUGGAAAAUAAAGAAAUUUUCAUUAUGCUUUA